AUGCAUUUUGAGCUCGUCGAGGUCGCAGAGGUCCUGUUAACAGGGAGGUCUAGGUGGAGAUUUCGAGAGGGCAGGAAGAGCCGAGCUUGGAUUUGGGACAAGGGUCCGGUGCUGAGCGAGCGGCUCUCAGCCUUGGGGUUUAGAUCCUUGGACUUACUGGCAGGAGAUGGAGAGGAUGCGUCAGACCCAGAUUUUUGGGGCGCAGCCCCAGUUCAUGGCGAUCCGCAGCCUUAUCAGUACCCUUCCCCUCAGCAGGUAACUUAUCAUUCUCCCGGUACUCUUUGUAUUACGGAGCAAGAGCCUGGUACCCCUGAGACAGAGGUGGAUCGGGAUCUGGAGUGCUACAGGAGACGAAACAGGGGUAAGGAGCUUGUGAAACUCCAUUUUCAACGGCUACUUCACCUGAAAUCUCCUCUAACCAACCUAUCUUCAUCUCGAUCUCGAAAUAUAAAACCAAAAAACCCCAAAAGAGAUAGUGCGGGAUUGAAAAAACAAAACCCAGCACCAGAAAACCCCCAAAUCAAUUGGGCGGUGACGCAAAACCCAGCCAAUCAACCCUUGCAGCGCCGGCGUAAUCGCUUAUACCCUCACCGUCGACCACCGGCCUGCUCUUUCAUCUCUGUUCGUCAGCGGCCUCAGCACCCCAGCCAGCCACCAGCACGAAGCAGGGUAACUACGAAGCGUCCCCGCAACACUUGCGCGAUCCCGCGCGCUUUCCUGGCUUGUGCAGCCUUGCUCGACAACCCAGAACCUCUCGCCCUCCCUCGCAUCCUCUUAGAAGAUGGGCACAACGUGUUUGCAUUUGUUGCAGCUGAGUAUGAAACCCAUAAACAUGUACUGAAUCAGGUUAAUGUUGCAGGUGCAGGUGCUAUAGUUGGAGCUGCUAUUGCUGUUGGGACUCGUAGCAAGAAGGAGAUUGUUGGGAUGGCUGCUCUUCUUUCCAUUCUAGGAGCUGCAGCUGAUUAUUCCAGGACUGAGCUGCAGCUGCUCUUCUUUUUGUCUUUUAUUAUCAGUUUGCCCAUAUGGUUACAUGAUUGCUUUCUUGUUGAAGUGAUUAAUUUUGAUUCUAGGUUCUUGCCUAGAUCAGUUAUUCUGUUAACACUUAACACUAGAGUAUGAGUCAAGGUGAUUAUACAGUUAUGCUUGUAUCGAAUGAGUUAAGACAGCCAUAUGUGGCGGUUUGCCUGUUCCCCAAAAGAAUAUAUUGUGUCUGUUACAAGUGUUUGGUGCUACU